AUGCCGUUCCUAGGGAUGCUCUUGAGUAGGGAUUCAAGAGUGGACAUGGAGAUGAGACAGUACAAAACACAAGCGUUUGUCGACAGCCUUCAAAGCACCAGCACAGACAACAGGUCACCUCCGAAUACCAACACCUCAGCGGACACUGUGCAAUUAAACGGGUCGACACAAGAAGAACCCAGUACGCACUCACACUCACACUCACACCCACACUCACAUCCACACCCACACCCACAACCACACCCACACCCACACCCACAACGGGAAUUGGAAUUGGAAUCCGUCUCCAAGGAACAGGCUGGCACCGGAACAUCUGUCAGUGCAUCCGGCAACACCGUCACGUUGUCUGGUGAGGAGAGGCAGCCACACACCACAGACUACUGCGGCACACAGAACAAAGGGGCGGGGGUUGAGACAGUUCGAAACACCCCGGGCAGUAUAAACCAGGUUUUGAAGGCGUGCAGUAUAAACGAGGUUGAGAAAGAGCAAGCGACUACCGCCACUGGAAAGCAUGUGACUUAUAGGCAACCCUCUGCAAAUGAGUCUUAUGCGACAGAUGGCAUGUCGGAUGAUAUAGAGUGCGAGGGUCCACCAGCCAGUGAACCGAGUGCCGAUAGAUGUGUACAGGCCAAAUCCGGCCCGGAAGACCCGAACCUGGGGUACAGGCGCACGGGCAAGCGUCUGAUGUAUGUGAAGGGUAUGUAUGUGUGUGGAGGUGUGUAUCCGGUAGCUACGCACAUUGUGUAG